GAUGAUUAUUGACCUGCACACCUUUAUGAGCGUGAAUGGCAAAGUAAAGCUUUGUAAAAGAGCAGCCUUUUCUUUGGAAGUAAGUAGCCGUGUCAAUAGUGACAGUGGUGACAGAACCGCUUUUAAUAGGUGUAUGAUACGGCAGUUUAUUGAUCAGGGCAACCGUCCAAGUGAGCUGUUAUACUAAAGUUUUAUUACAGUGCACCCGAGAUCGGGUCAGUGAGUACAUAGGCUGUCUCUUUCCCUCAGGUCUCUGUCCCCGUCGGGUGUCAAAUCCCGUUCUCCAAGCUAAUUUACUGUACUUGUAUUUUUCCAUCCCUUUAUCUCCACUCUCUCCCUUUCUUUGUGUGUUUGCUGGAAAGGAUAUCUCGCGCCCUUAUUGAACGCAUAACGGAGCGCCUCUACAGAGCGCGUGCUUCAGUGCUCUCUCGCGGUUCUCUAGGUUACCGGGGCACAAGCGGACCGGCGGCUCCAUGCGUAUACACACCGAAACACGCUCUGAAAAAUCACACAUAACCUCAAAAAGACAAACGGCUGAACCUAAUACAAUUUAUAGAACGCUGUCGCUUCGUUACAGCAAGUGUGUGAAGCAAAAAAAGAAAAAGAAAAAGAAGUAUAAUUAUAUGGCCACUCAAAAUUCUCUUUUUGCUGGCCUGUGUUUCGUUGUCCACAUUAAAACUGCCAAUUAAAUCAUAAAUUAGUGUAUGUAGUCUGUAUAUAUCCAGACCAUGAAUGUUCUGGAUUUGUUUCUGGUAGUUUGAGGGUCGAUAAAGACUCUAGUGCUCAUACCUAGUGUUGUCGAGGGUUGGCUUUGUGUGAGCGCGCCUCUGUCAGGGAGGGGGCGCUAGUCGCUAUUAAAAACUCCUCGGUGGCGCGCUUGGGUUUAUUUGACCGAAGACGGGGAUAGUCGGACUUCGACACCGGUUCGGAAGAGCGCCUGCAGCCCAGGUCUGAGUCCCGGCUACCGGAUACCUCACCCGCCGCGUGUGCUGAAGCAGCCCCGAACCCCAGACGCGUGCUGCUUCCACCCAAGAAACCGACCACGAUUCAGCGAGCAAAAGGCCAAUCAGAUCUAUGGCACUCUGACAAUGAACAAGCGAUCACAGUUAUUGGAACAGCUGCAUUUUGUCCAUCUAAAAUGCACACCUCGAGACAUGCCCUGUGUUCAGGCCCAGUAUGGCCCUGCACCUCAUGGGUCCAGCUACUCUGCCCAGUCCUUUGGUUACCAUGGGGACUACAGUGCUGACCUCAUGGCUACAGACUACUCAAAGUGUGAGCUUGGUGGGGGGGAGAUCUCGGCGGCGGCUGCCACCACUUCCCUACCCAGUUUUAAUGUGUUCGUGGAGGGCGGCUUUGAGCCGAAACCCUCCUGUCUGUAUCAACUCCCUCCUCAACGCCCUAUCAUCAAGAAGGAGGAGGAGUCCUACCCACCCAUGGCACCAUCUGACGAAGCAAUAGCUGGGAGCUCCAUGUACUUUAAGCAGUCGCCCCCUUCGACGCCCCCCACACCGCUUCACUCUGGCCCACCCAGCAGCUCUUUCUUGUGGGAUGAACACAGUCUUCCCCCUGUGCCCCAGCCCUGCCUGAUUGAAGGCCCAUUGAAGAGCCCUCGCUUCCCUCAUUUCUACGAGCAGACGGUCCCACCAUCCACCAGCGGCUACGACAGUGCAAUCGGCCUUCCGCUGCGCCCCGAACGCUCUCCUUCCUCAUCCUCUUCAUCUUCACAUGUGCCACCCAGCCUGGACACGCACACACACUCACAUGUGCACUCCCAUACACACUCACACAUGUACCCCCUGAACAUGGGUAAGCAGGGAGGCAUAGCGUUCCGCUCUUUGGGCAUGGGCCCAUGCCCCCCACUUCUGGGAGAAAGUCUGCCAUCGCCACCCAGUCGCACCAGCUCCGGAGAGGGUACCUGUGCUGUAUGUGGAGACAAUGCAGCCUGUCAGCACUAUGGUGUGCGCACAUGUGAAGGCUGCAAAGGCUUCUUUAAGAGGACGGUGCAGAAGAAUGCGAAGUACGUGUGUUUGGCCAGUAAAAACUGCCCUGUGGACAAAAGGAGAAGAAACCGCUGCCAGUACUGCCGCUUCCAGAAGUGUCUCAGUGUAGGCAUGGUGAAAGAAGUGGUGCGUACAGAUAACCUGAAGGGGAGGAGAGGUCGCUUGCCGUCUAAACCAAAGAGUCCCCUGCAGCCAGAGCCCUCACCCCCAUCACCUCCCCUCAGCCUGCUGAAUGCAGUAGUGAGGGCCUAUUCCCAGUCCACACCACGAGAACUAGACUACAGUCAGUUCAGUGCGGUGGAGCCAGUGGGUCUAUCUGAGUCUCAGCAGAUCCAGAUGUUUUACAGAGUGCUAACUGGCUCCAUGGAGGUGACGCACUGCUGGGCGGAACGGCUGCCUGGAUUCUCUGAGCUUCACCAUGAUGACCAGAACCUGCUCAUUGACUCUGCCUUCCUUGAGCUUUUCGUGCUUCGCCUCGCCAACAGGUCUUUGCUGACGGAUGAGAAGUUUGUGUUUUGCACUGGCCUGGUCCUUCACCGGCAGCAGUGCCUGCGUGGUUUUGGCGAGUGGCUGGACUCCAUCCGAGACUUCAGCACUCACCUGCAGAGUCUCAACCUUGACAUGCCUGCGUUCUCCUGCUUGUGUGCCCUAGUGCUGCUCACAGAACAAUGUCCCGGUCUAAAGGAGCCUAAAAAAGUGGAGGAACUGCAAUCCAAACUAAUCUGCUGCCUGCGAGAUCACCUGAGCUCAGUCAGCGCAGGAGGCGUGGCUUCAACUGGCAAGGCCCCAUCCCCAGUGGGAGCUGUGUUGGGCUUGAGGGCAGAACUGCGAACUCAGCGUACGCAAGGCUUACAGAGAAUCUUCUACCUGAAGCUUGAGGACCUGGUCCCACCCCCACCGCUCAUCGAUAGGUUUCUGGACACCUUGCCCUAUUGAUGACCACGCCCCUUUUGCACACCACUAACACGCCCACGAGCACACUCAGACACGCCCACAGCGGCUGUAAACUCACCCUGGGAUGGACAGACCCAGUAGCUUACAGUGACACUGAACUCGAUUUCCCAUGAGUACCCAAAUCCUCACAGGAAACAAACAUGUCUGAGGAGAAACCAAUCAUAUAAGCGCUUUUAAUCUCUGCUCUGCGCCUGAUAGUGUAGAUACAAGGCGGGGUUUGAACGAAUCUGACGUAACGCCCCCUGGGAAUGAGCGCCAUGCCUAUAGCUCAGCGCGCCAAGUCAGGAGAAGUAUUACCGUGCGAGAAUGUGUGUAUGUGUGUGCGUGUGUGUGAGUAUGCACACUUAACGGCUCUUCUGUAGGCGGUCCAAAAGUUCCACCACAAUCCACCUCAGUGACAGCAGUUGUGUUCACCGCAAACAUACACUCACAAACACACAAAGUGCACACGAACUGUCCUUUCACACAAAUUUCACGGAUCCAAAACGCCAGCUUCAGAUGCCAGGUUAUGACAUAUCAAUUGUCGUUGGCAGAAACGAAGUGGAUGUGUGUGUGUGAAAACACGUAGGAGUGUCUCUGAGGGAGGCUUUCGCCACACAGACAGAACGACAGAGUGCAUUAAUAAUGUCCAGAAUCACAGUUGAUCACACCCCAGAAACCCGCAAACAAGUGCAAUUUACUAAGUGCUAUUGUAAACGAAGAGAGAGAGGAGAGAACGAGAGAGUGUGUGUGUUUGUUCCAGUCCUAUUUCAAACUCUAAAUUAUUUUAAUACUAAGACUCACCUUUUGAGGCAACGGUUUCAAUUGAGAUGAUUUAGCCCAGUCUGCGCACUAACUUUUAAUGACGAAGUUCUACAGACUUGAAAUUACUGUAGUUUUUAUUAUUAUUAUUAUUAUUAUUAUGGAUAAAAACCAAGGGAUUUUAGUGGUAGGGUAACAGACUAAAAAGAGUAGAAUUGGGCUUUGAGCACUUAAGAAAACAGGAGGUUAAGAUAAGGCAGGUAAGACGCAGGUGCAGAGAGAGGAUGGAAGGAAUGAAACAUUCCGCGUUCAUGCUCAUUUUUGUAUGUUUAUACUGUCUAUGCCAUUUUAUUAAUAUGGAGGACAUUGUUGCAAAAGAUGUCUUUUAUGUGUACAAAAAGUAAAAACGGAUUAUAUGCAUGGUU